CAACAAGAGAGAAGACCACCGAGAUCUGUCGGCCAGGAAAGCGAGCGCCUAUGGCCGCCGUCGCGCCCGCGCCGGAGGAGGAGGACUACGUGGCCGCGGACGCCGCCAAGCUCGCCGCCCCCCACGUGGAAGACGAUGAGCGGCAAGGGGGCUGCUGCUGCUGCUGCGGUACCGCGUCUUCGUCCCUGGCGAGGCGAGCCACGUCCUGGUGCCGCCGGAAGCUCGUCUCGCGCCCCGUCGUCUGCCGCGGACCGACGGAGCCGGCGGCCAAGCGGGUGCUCGUGGCGGUGGCCGCCGGCACGGAGCCGCUGGAGGCGGCCACUGCGGCCGACAUCCUCGACCGCGCUGGCGCCAGGGUCACCGUCGCCACCGCGUCUUCGGGCCUCAUCGUGGAGGCCGGCCAUGGGGUCAGGUUCGCCGCCGACGCCAGAGUCGCCGGCCUGGAAGCAGAGGAGUUCGACCUCAUCGUCCUACCGGGAGGAAUGGCGGGAUCAGCAAACCUCAGGGACUGCAAGCCUCUGGAGAAGAUGGUGAGGAAGCACGCGGAGAAGGGGCGCAUGUGCGGCGCCAUCGGGGCGGCGCCGGCGGUGGUGCUGGCCCGGUGGGGCGUGCUCCAGGGCUUCAAGGCGACCUGCCAUCCGGCUCUGCUGGGGCGGCUCGGCGACGGCGGGGUGAUCGCCGUGGAUGACAGGGUGGUGAAGGACAGGAACGUGGUGACCAGCCAGGGCAUCGGGACGGCCAUCGAGUUUGCGCUCGCCUUAGUGGAGCAGCUAUACGGCCAACGCACGGCGGAGGAGGUCGCCGGACCUUUGUAUAUGCGCCCCAAGCAAGGAGUCAAGUAUAGCAUCCAAGAGUAUAAUCAGGUCCAAUGGAAAUGCACUGGCACGCCUCGGGUUCUUGUGCCGGUUGCCAACGGCUCGGAGGAGAUGGAGGCUCUCAACCUGAUCGAUGUCCUGCGGAGGGCAAGCGCACGCGUCACGGUCGCUUCGGUCGAGGACGUGCCACGCAUCGUGACCCGCCAUUACAAGCUCAAUCUGAUCGCCGAUGUGAUGCUGGAACAAGCUGCUGAAAUGGAGUUCGACCUCAUUGUGAUGCCGGGUGGUCUUCCUGGUGCUCUCAAGUUCACCAGCACGGAUAAACUUGUGGGCAUGCUGAAGAAACAGGCGGAAUCUGGUAGACCCUACGGUGCAAUAUGCGCUUCCCCUGCUUACGUCCUCGAGCCCCACGGUUUACUCAAGGGUAAGAAAGCGACAUCAUUUCCACCCAUGGCGCACCUGCUUACGGACCAGAGCGCGUGCGAAUACAGGGUCGUCGUUGACGGCAACCUUAUGACAAGCAGAGCACCAGGGACUGCCACAGAGUUUGCCCUGGCAAUCGUCGAGAAGCUAUUUGGUGAGGAGAAAGCGGUCGCAAUAGCCAAGGAGUUGGUUUUUAUGUGACAACGUGCAUUGUUGAGGCGGGCAAUGCCCAUUUUACAUGGCUAGGCUCUAUCAAGACUGGUCACUCAUACAUUUUGUAUAAGCUCUAGGUACACAUAUUCCACAAUGGUGUUGGAUAUGUCUCGUGAAUGUCAGUUUCAAGAUCUUUGAUAGUAAGGUUGAUACUAUAGCGCUGGCUCACACACUGUAGAGGGCGUGGUCAUGUUUUGUGAACCUUCCAUGAGCUUCAUACGAAGAAAUUCAACAAAUCUAUCUGUAAAUUAGAUUUCGAGAAGUCAUAAGACAAAGUGAGGUUGGCCU